GCUGAGCAGGAGGCCGCUUCCACGUUUUGUUUGAAUUUGGAUGAAAAGUAGACUCUCAGCUCGGGAUUAAGGGACUGCCAUGUGGCACUGAAACUGAAGAAGCAUCAAUAUUGGACUGUGGAUGAGUGAUCAAGGACUCGAGCCAGAAGCGUCCUCCGAAAUCUAGAUAGGAAAUCAACUCACCCAAGGUGCUGAAAUGAAGAUCCGCGUGGUCCAGAUUUGGGGUUUCCUGAUGACCGUUCUGGGCUGGAUCUUCGUGGCCUGCACCAUGGCCAUGGAGGGCUGGAAGAUCACUGCCAUCGGCGGCAUGGGGGGCUCCGCCAUCAUCAAGGUGGCCUGGUACUGGUCCAGCCUGUGGAGAUCCUGCUUUACAGACUCAACUGCUGUCAGCAACUGCUACGACUACCCCAUGCUCUGGUCUGUGGAGGGCCACAUCCAGAUUGUGCGAGGCCUGCUGAUGGCGUCUCUCUCCCUGGGCAUGCUGGGGUUUGUGCUCAGUCUUCUGGGCAUGGAGUGCACCUUCAUUGGGGGGAAAGAUCGGUCAAAGAACAAGAAGGUCUAUGCCGGCGCAUGGUGCCAUGUCGUCAGCGGUUUACUGUCCACGUGUGCCUAUGCCGUCUAUGCGCAGUUCGUCUCAGUGCAAUACUACGAGACGGACAUUGACGGACUCAGGUUCGACCUCGGCACCCCGAUAUUCCUCGGCUGGGUCGGCUCCGCCUUCCAGAUGACCGGCGGCUUCUUCUACGUGUGGUCGGUGUGCAAGCCGCUCUGCGGGGGAGAGACAACGGUGAUCAACAUCCAGGCACUGCCGGACCUCGAGCAAAACAAGUCCAAAGCAGCGUCCGAGGUCACCUCCAAGACCAAACUGUCCUCUGUGUCCGAGCUGUUGUCCAGGUCUGGACGCUCGGACGUGUCCGGCAUCUCGUCCAAAUCCGGACGCACGGACGUGUCCGGCAUCUCGUCGAAAUCCGGACGCACGGACGUGUCCGGCAUCUCGUCGAAAUCCGGACGCACGGACGUGUCCGGCAUCUCGUCCAAAUCCCGACGCACGGACGUGUCCGGCAUCUCGUCAAAAUCCGGACGCACGGACGUGUCCGGCAUCUCGUCGCGAUCGGGACGCACGUCCAAGUCUGCACGCGCGGCCCGGCCGGAGCGCACGUCCAAACCCCGGAGAACCGCCCGGUCUGCCGGGUCAGUGGAGUCGGGAUCCGCCGUCUCGUCGAGGUCCAGCGCCUCAACGUUGACCGAGUCGAGGAGCAGCCGCAGCGGGCGGACAGUGUCCUCGUUGUCGGGCAGCUCAAGGAGUGGGAGCACGGCGUACAUCAAAAAAUCAUUUAUUUGAUUUAAUGCGAGUCAUGUGAUGAAUAAAUAUGACGGGCGGAUGUUCUGGGGAAUAAAUGAUUUUAUAUCUAUUUUUUAAAUAUAAGAAUACUGGGAAUGUCAUGAAAACUAAUCUUGAAAACAGCUGACUCAGCCUGUUUUAUAUCAAUCUGCUUCUCUUGCUCUCGGUUUCCUGAUGAAGAUGCCGAUGACCUGCAUGCCGUUCAUGUGGAUUAAUUUGCAGAUGAUGCACUGUUAGAUGAUUCUGUUACGCUGACAAUUUGAAACAACUUCUGGAUAAAUUUGAGAAAACUGAAUUAAAACUUGGUUGAGAUCAUCUUUGGGACACAAUGUACAUUGCUGAAAUACAUUUUAUGAAAGGAAUAAUACAUAAUAAUUAUGGAAGUCCAAAUAAAAAACAUAUCUUGCCAUUGCAUUAUUGUAUACAUCUAAGGAUUUAUUUAUGACAUGUUAGUUAUAUUAUUUGAAUAAAACUGAAAAAAUAAUGUCAGUUUUCCACUUUUUUGUUUACCCACAGUUUCAGCAACUAUAUUGGCAAUAACUAGUCGUACACAGAAGCCCACUUUUGGGUUUGGGUUUAAAAAGGGUCAAGAGAGUAGUUAAGUACAUCCUCCUCUGUUGCUCUCCUGGAGGUUUUUUUCUGUUUUUUUGGGGAGUUUUUCCUGAUCCGAUGUGAGGUCAA